AUGACGAACGAAGAAAAUAUUACUACCGAAUUAAAUGGUGGCAAUGGGGAAAAUGGUAAAAACAUAUUUGAGUCUAAUAUUAUAAAUACGUUCAGAGAUUUAAAUGAUUAUAGUAAAUAUUUUCCUAAAAAAAUAAAGGAUAAUGUGAUUAAAGAAAAAUAUGAAAUACUAAAAGAAAUUAAAAAAUUAGCAACAUUAAAAAAGAACACUUCUUAUAAUAUUACAUCAAUAAUUAAAUGGUUUAAUGCAUACGAAAUAAUUAAUACAGAAAAACAUAAAUCUUUUCAUUUUUAUAUUUUUAUGAUUAAAUAUUUAUGGAACUCAUUUCAGAAUAAACAUGUCAGUCCUAAUUUAAAAACAUAUAUUUGUCAAGUUAUUUCUAAUAUUUUAAAAAAUAUAAAAAAAUAUAUUUUAUAUAAUUUUUUUUUUGAUUAUGAUCAAAAAUUAUUGCAAAAAGACAAUGGUGAAAAUUGCAAGCAGUGUGAAGAAGAUAUAGAAAACAAGAGUGAUGUUACAGAUAAUAGUUAUAUUGAAAUAAGUGGCGAAUAUUUUAAAGAAUAUGAAACUGUUAUUGAAGAAAGUGAUAUAGAAAGUAGUAUAAAUGAAGGUAAUAUGCAAUCACUAAGUGAUUUAUAUUAUGUUACAGAUAAUGGAAUUUAUGAAAAAAAUGAAGAAGUUGACUCUUUUCUAAACAAUCAAAUAAUAAUUAAUGGAAUGGAUGAAUCCUUUCGUUUCUACAUUCAAAAAAGAAUAUUUGAUAUAAUAGAUUAUAAUUAUUUGUUUGGUUUGUUGUAUGAUUAUUUGAUUGGCGAUGUAAAAAGUAGUGAUGGUAGUAACCAGUGUAGUCACAAUGUGUAUAAAAAUUAUAUUGGUUCUGUAUUAAGUAUCCUUAUUAAUUUAAAAAACUUUUGUUAUUACAAUAAAGAUGUACAUAAUUUAUUAUUAAAUUUUUCUUUUAAUAAUUUGUAUCCCACAAAAUAUGAAGAAUAUAAAAGUAUGAUAGACACACAGCGUUUGGACAAUACGCAAAAAGAAUAUGAAAAUGAACCUAUGGAAUUGUUGGUAAAUAAAAAAAUGGAUGAAAAUGUGAACAAGGAGUGUAAGAAAUUUGCACAUGAUAAAAAAAAAAAUUCUGAAAUGGAAAUAAAAGAAACCAAAAGUACGAACAAUAAUAACAAUAACGAAGGAUUAAAAUUCAAUAUAGAUGUAUGUCAAUAUAAUGUCGAAGAUUUAGAAAUAUGCAUACGAUAUAAUACCAUAUUUUUAAAUAUCAUGAUAUUAAGUCAAUUGUCUUCUGAUGAUUUAUGUUAUAAAUUAAUCAAAGAUAAAAAACUUUUAUAUUUAUAUAAAAAAGUGAAAAAAUUUAAUUGGCAUAGUAUAAAUUUUUCAUUUGUUAAGAUAAUAUAUAGAGGAUUAAAAUAUUCAUAUUUAUACAACAUCGAUGUAGAAAAUGAAAUACGAGAAAUAUUUAACAUAUUGUUAUUUUUAUUUUUGUUUUAUAUAAAACUACCAAGUAAUAUACAGAUAAAUGCUUGUAAAUAUCAUAUUCCCGAUGAAUAUUCACUGUUAAUUAAUUAUGAUGAUAGUGUAAUCAAAUUAAUUUCAAAAAUAUUUGUUUAUUUACUUAAUAAAAAAUAUGUAGCACCAGAACGAAAAGAUAAAAAUGGUGAAAAAACGGAAAAAAUUCAAUCCGAACUCAUUGACAUUUUUUUAGAUCAUUUAAACGACAAUAAUUUUUCUGUUAAUGGUCCAGAGGGAUUAUAUUAUAAUGAUGAUAUUGGAGCAAUGUGCAUUUUAAAAAAUGUGGAUAUAUACGAUUUUAUAAAUGUUAUUAAUUCUUUGUUUAUCCCACACAUUCAUCCAUCGAAUGUAGGAAAGCAUGUAGGAAAUAUAAGCAUAUUUAUUAAUCAUUUUUUAUAUAGUUUUAUAAGAAAGUUGAAAAGGGAAAAUUUAUAUUUAAAAAAAAUUAACAGUAGUUAUAAUAAUGAUAUGAACAAGAAUAUAAAUUCUUCAUUGCCUAAUAAUUGGGAUAAAAAAAAAGAAUGUAUUUUUAAUUAUAUAAAUAAUUAUUUCAUAACAGAAGAGGAUAAAAAUUUUGUGGUUGAAAAAUUUACCGAAUUAGCAAUACAAGGUAUGUUUCCUAAAAGUAUUAAAGGGACAAGUUUAUUUGAAAAUAUAUUAAAGCAUUUAUGUACAAUUGAUGUAAAUUGUUUAGAUGCAUUUAUAAAAAAAAUAUUAGAAGGCUUAAUAAAUGUUAAUAUAUCUACGCAAAUCUGUAAUUGUUUGUUUUGCCUAUGCUUAUUAUUACCAUUAUUAAUUAAAUACAAGUCAAAGUAUUUAAAGGACAUAUUAUAUGUUAUGAAUAUGGGUAUAGACAUUUGCGACAUAUAUAAAAGCUUUACGAUAUUUUCAUUUCUAAGUAUUUUAUUUUCAUAUAUUCCUAUUAUAAAAAUAAAUCGGGAUAUAAAUGAAGAUGACUAUAAAUAUGUUAUAGCAGAGUAUAAAAAGUUUGAAAAUGAAAACGUAGGUAUUGAUCAUUUUAAUGGCAAUAAUGAUGAUAACAAUUUAUUGUUCGGAUUGGAAAAUAUUAUUAUGAACCAUUCGAAAAAAUAUUUAACUGAUCAAGAAAUAAAAUUACUAAUAAAAGAAAGAAAAGAAUUUGUUGAUUAUUUAUGUUAUUGGGUUUAUGAAUUUUUUGAUAAAAUAUUAUAUUUUAUAAAAUAUACACAAAAUGAACAACCGAAAGGCAAUAAAAAACAAAAUAGUGAAAGUAAAGAAGAAAAACUAGAAAAUGAUUUACAUAGUGGAUUAAAGACUACUAUAAUUUCUUUAUUUAUUCGUUUAGAUCAUGAUAUUUCUUAUGAAUUAUGUCUUCAAUUUUUGAAUAACAUCGAUCAAGAAAAUUCCAAAGCUUUAUCUAUGAUUCCUUAUGCAAUAGGUAUGAUCAAAAAUAGGAAAAUUUUCGAUACAGUUUUUAAUGCAUUUUAUAAAAUGGUAAUUACAAAAAAGCAAAAGAAAGUAACUAGUGUAUCGGAUUGUGCUGAUAAUGAAAAAACGAAAAAUAUGAAAGAAGGAAAAUGCGAUCAUAAUAUUACCAUUGUCUAUUCUAGGAAUGAAUAUUCAAAUGAUGACACAGUCAAGUGUUAUCUACAUUUUUUAGCAAAUUUUAUUCGAAGAGCAAAUAAAGGUUUUGUAAAUGAGGAAGAAAUUUAUAAACUAAUUGAAAUAUAUAUUUUAGAAAAAAACAACUCAGUAUUUAAAUAUGUAUGUAAAAUUAUAUACAGAUUUUUAGAGUAUAAAUUUAAUUUUACCGUUAAAAAUUAUUCCAAUUUUGAAAUUAAUGAAAUAAUGGAUGAACGAGAUAAAAUUGCAAGUCUUGCUUCGUGGUGUGUUCCAUGGCAUAAGCAUGUUUUUAUGGGAAAACAAAAUAACGAGAACAAUACGACAACUACAAAGCUAGCUGAAGAUAUAGCAUAUAACAAUUUAUCUUUAAAGGAAAAAGACAAACAAGAUAUUGAAUCAUUGAUAAAAUGGAAUAUACCAUCAAUUGAAGAUAUCAAAGCGGGAAAAAAAUUAAUAUUUUUAAUUUUAGAUUAUAUAAUCGAUUUAUUAUUACAGUAUAAUAUUCCUAUUAAUACGCCUAACCUUGUUAAAUAUAUAGAAGAAAGAAAUUUAAAAAAUAAUAAAUUCGAAUGGAAAUUUACAUUAGAUUAUUUAAAUAUUAUAUCACGAAUAUAUAAAUUAAUUAAAGCAAUUAUUAAAGCAGUAAGCACUUUAUAUCCAGAUGAAAGAUACAAUUAUGAUAAAUUAUUAACAAAAUGUCAUAUUAUUGAUACAAAACUUUUCUUAUAUAUAUAUAUAUACAUAUCAGAAAUUAUUAUAAUAUUAUCUGUUCAUGUAUUAAAAUUACCUGAACAAGUACUAGAAAUUUCGUCUUAUGUCAAUUAUAGUAGUAAUAAAGAAGGAAGUAAAAGUUGUAUAAAAAGCGACGUUAAUAACUGCAAUAAGAAUGAUGGAAAUAAAAAAUCAAUUGAUAUUGAAGAGAAAGAGAAUAAGAUCAAAUUACGAGAAAUUUUUUUUUCAAAUGUAAUAAAUAACAGAGAAAAAGACAUAAAAGCAGACGCAAAAAUGCAAAGAAAACUUAUUAAGAUUAUACAUUUUAUAUUAUUAAAGACAAAUGAUGGUGAUAAUGCAAAUUCAUAUAAUGAAUAUAUAAAUAGUGUUUUAUCAUUUACAUAUAAUAUAUAUCCAUUUAGUUUUAAUUAUGAUAUAAUUAAAAGCCAAUAUGUUAAUAAUAUAUUUUAUUUAUUUAAUGAAAGAUUAAAACAAAGGAAAAAAAAUUAUUCCUUCACUGGAUUUCGGGAACAAUUAUGUAAUAUUUUAUUUUUUAUAAAUCUAUCAAUAUAUUCUCAAGUUAGAACAUAUGCUCAAAAUACUAUUAAAACAAUUUUACCCACAUUUAAAAUUAUUAAAGUACCAUUUUUAAAUAUAUGCUAUUUUUAUUUGAAAAAUUAUGUUAUUUUAUAUACUAACAUUAAAGGAACACAAAAAGAGACAUGCGAUCAGAACAACGAUUUAAACGAAAAGGAUAGUAUUAUUGAAAUUGUACAAAUUAACAGUGGUGAAAUUGAUAAUGUGCCAAAUAAAGAUGAAUGUAAUGCUAAUAUAAAUAAAUUACAAACCUUAAAAAGCUUCAACGAUUUAAAUAAUUCUGAUUAUUUUGAAAAUAAAUGCAUUAGUUGCUUUAAUUCCAUCAUAAUAACUAUAAGUAAUAACUCAGGAUUGAUUAAGAAGAUUAGUGCAGAUAUGAGUUUACUAAAAAAAUAUAUAAAAGUUAUUAUUAAUAUAUUAAGGUUAGAAAUUGAAAAAGAAGAUAUAAAAUUAAAAUGUAUGAAAUUUAUUUACUCAAUCAUUAAUAAUAGAUUUAUAAAAGAAGAGGGCAUAAUUCAAAAAAGAAAAAAAAAUUCUACCACGAGCUCUAGCACUAUUACCAAGCACAAAUCGAAAGAUCAACUAUUUUUGUUUCUGAAAAAACAAAUUGAGCAUGAAAACAAUAAUGUAUAUACAGACAUUGUCAUACUUUCCUUCUUUAUUUGCUUUAAUGAUUUUGCGAUAAAAAAUUAUCUGCAAUUUUAUUUUAAUUAUCUGCUUGAAAAUCUGUCCAUAAAAAAAAACGUCAAUGUUUAUAAUCUUGCCUUUUUGGGAUUUGUAAAGUUGCUAAGAAGUGUUACUCUUCUUAUUAACGCAGGUAUGUCUAUCCAAAGCGUUACCAAUCCAGUUAACGAGAAUGAAAUAGAUUUAGCAACAAACCAAAACGAAUUUGUAUUCCCUGAGUUUAUUAACUCGACAUUCAAAAGCGAAAAUAUUUAUCACAAUUUUGUCGAAAUCUGCAUAUAUAAGAAUUUAAAAAGCAAAAAAAAAAACAAUAGUAUAAAUUCAAUUAUUAUAAAUUUGUCCAAAGUUCAAAAAUCUUUUAAAGGGUUUGCUCAAAUUAAUGAAUCACACUUAAAGGAUUUUUAUUCGUAUUAUAUAUUUUUCAAGUUUUUAGUAAAAUUACAAAAUAGUUACAACGGUAUAAUUGAAAAUGACACAAGUGAAAUAAAUAGUACGGAUAAUAUUACUACUUCCUCUAAAGUAUCAAACUGUGAUGAUAGUAUUAAUUAUAUUGGUAAAAUAAUCCCUAUUUUAAAAAAACUUCAGAUGGACGAGCAUGUAGAUAAUGAAUAUAAAUCCACAUUAAUUUCUCUAAUAUGCCCUUUAUUAUUAGCUUUACGAAAAUUCAAAAAUGAAAAGGAAAGAUGCAAAAUAAUUACAGACUUGGUAGCGUUAAUGGAAAGUGAAAUAAGUAUUGUGAAUAUGGAAGUAUUUAAUUUUUGGUUAUAUUAUUUUCAUUUAUUAUUUAUAAAUAUAAAAAAAAAAUAUAUAAAUAUAUAUGAAAAAUUAUUUGAUUUUUGCUUAAAUUUUCACUUUAAAGAUGCUUCGAGUUUAGUCGUAAAAAAAAAAACGCAGCUUCUAAAUAUUAUGAUAACAUAUAGUAUACAUAAAAAUAAUCAUUUAAUAGAUAAACAUAUAAUAAAUUAUUUAAAAUUGAUAAAUAAUGAUAAUAUGACAACAAGACAGAUAAUAGGAGACUUAUUAACAUGCAUUUUAUAUGUGUUAUAUGAUAAUAAAUAUUAUAAUCAUUUAAAAAAUAUAUAUUAUAAUAUAUUAUUAUAUUUAUAUAAUUUAUCAAAUAAUGUUGUUAACUAUUUGCAAACUGAACAAGAUAUACAUAAAAAAUCUACACAUAUAUAUACAUUAGAAACUUUGGCAUAUUUAACAAUAAAUUUAUUUACAAAUAAAUGUAUGUAUGUUAUUAAUAAUAUAAGUAUCCAAUUUUUAAAAAUGUUCAUUUUGUCUUCUUAUCUCAUUGAUAAUUUUAUAAACGGAUUGGCAAAUAAAGCAAUUAACUGCCUUUUGUGUCCAUCAUUGUAUUUAUUUAGACCUAUUAAAUCAGACCUUUGUAACAUGAAUAAAAUAAAAUGUGGUAACAGCAUUUUGGAAAAUGAACAAAAUAAUUACUUUAACUGGGAAAUUUUAUUCAAAAUGAAUGAAAAUGAGGAUAAAAAAGAAGAGGAUUUUAAUAAACUAUUAGAAGCGAAAAAAGAAAAUUUUGAUAAAUAUAUGGCAGAAGAAACCAACACACUAUUGGUAAAUAGUUUAGUUUUUUUAAUUAAUAAAAAAGAUUGGAAAGUUCGAAAUUCAACACUACAAUUUUGUUUCUAUUUUUACUCGUAUUAUUGCAUAUAUUAUUAUAACAAAAAAGAAAAUGCAAUUUUAUUAAAUAUUUUUAUAUCAAUGUUAAAUGAUAAUUAUGUUGAAAUUCAGAAUAUAUCACGUCAAAUAUUAUCCUCAGUGCUUUGUUAUUAUGAUAACAAAACAUUAGAAAAAUUUUCACAUUUUUUUUUAAAUAUAACAAAAGAGCAUCAAAAAAAAAGUAUUCAAAAUCCUUCACAUGAUAACAAUAUAGGUAAAAAUAUUACAAAAAUUAUAGACAAAAAAAAAAACAUAGCUAUAUAUGCACUUAUCAGUAUCGUCAAUUCAUUUCCAAAUUUUGUUCCAAAUUGGCUUCCAAAUAUUUUAAUCACUGUAGCAAGAAUGUCAAACACAACUACCCAUAUUAUAAAAAAAGAAAUUGAAAAAUGUAUUCAAAAUUUCUUGAGGACACAUAAGGAUGAAUGGGAAUAUAAAUACAAAACGAUUUUCACAGAGGAUCAACUUAAUAUUCUUGAUAUGUACAGAGGAGGCUUGAAUUAUUUCACAUGA